AUGCCGCCCCAAAUCAAGCAGGAUCUGAAUAGAUCAGGGUGGGAGAGCACAGACUUCCCCUCGGUGUGCGAAAACUGUCUACCGGAGAAUCCGUAUGUCAAGAUGCUGAAGGAAGAUUACGGUGCUGAAUGCAAACUGUGCACGAGACCGUUUACUGUCUUCAGCUGGAACGGAGCUGACCGGGCCCAAAACCGACGGAAGAAGACCAACAUUUGCCUGACUUGCGCCCGACUCAAGAACUGCUGUCAGAGCUGUAUGCUCGAUCUGUCCUUCGGACUACCCAUCGCUGUUCGAGAUGCUGCGCUCAAGAUGGUUGCCCCUGGUCCGCAAUCCGACAUCAACAGAGAAUAUUUCGCCCAGAACAACGAGAAGCUCAUCGAAGAAGGCAAAGCAGGGACAGAAGAGUACGAAAAAACUGAUGACAAGGCACGAGAGCUGCUGCGUCGUUUGGCAAACAGCAAGCCCUAUUUCAGAAAGGGUCGAGCUGUCGAGGAAUCAGAAAUAGCAGGAAAAAGCUCCGGUGGCAAUAUAGCUACUGGGGCUGGACAAGGCGGGCCUGGUGCCGUGCGAACUCGAGAUAGUAGGGCCGCAGCGGCGGCGGGAGCUAGACCACGAGGUGGGAAAGGACGGCAGGCAUUUCCGAGCGCUGCGCAACUGCCCCCGAGCGAAAAGGACUGGCUCCCGCCGGACGAUCCGAAUAUCAUGUCCUUGUUUGUCACGGGUGUGGAGGACGAUUUGCCCGAGUUCAAGCUUCGCGAAUUCUUCAAUGUACAUGGGAAGAUCAAGAGCUUAGUGUGUUCGCACAUGUCGCAUUGCGCCUUCGUCAAUUACGAAACUCGCGCCGCCGCCGAAAAGGCCGCCGCCGCUUGCCAAGGUCGUGCUGUAAUUGCAGGUUGUCCGUUGCGAGUUCGAUGGGGUCAGCCCAAGGCAAUUGGUACGAUGAAUAAGGAAGAGAGGGGACACAUGCUCCGCGACGCCCGAGUUGGGAUUUCCAGAAAGCCACAACAGCGCGGCGGUAUCGAGGCCAGCUCACGGGGAGCUGCUCAAGCAUUGCCGCCUACCGGUUCCGCCGUCGCUGCUCCCCCUGGCGCUGACGAUUCCCCCAUCUACGCAAGUCUCUCUGGGGAUUGA